AUGUCUUCGACAGAGAAGCAGGAAUGUCAGCGUCAGCCCGACGACGACUCGGGUGUCAGACAGUCGCCCGACGUCGAGGCUAUUUCCACUGACCCGAUCGUUAUCGAUGAAGGCGACAAUAACGAAGAACCGGAGUUGGAAGGCGACGAAGCUGCGCGACUCGCAGCACUGGGGGCUGGCGUGCGCGACCAAGAGGACCUCGAAAGGGACAUUGGCCAACAGGCAGAUCAGGCACUCGCUGAACAGACAUUGGAAAGGGAGCAGAAGCGACUCGACAAGACGCAGAAUGAGAAGUCGCGAAUGCAGACGGCACUCAGGAUUGCCGAGAGGAAUCUAGCUAAGCCUGCCGGGUCCGCUACAAAGAAUAAAUACAGAGCCGAGAUCGAGCGUUAUAAAGCCUUGAUCGGCAACCUGGAUCGGGAUCUCGAGCAGAUUCAGAAGCGCAUAGAGGAGCAAAACGAUGAUGAGAAUCAAGGAGAGACACUGCUCGAAGAUGGAAACAACAAGCGUCUACCUGGCGAGACGCAUCGCGAGUUCUUAAUCCGGACCGGAAAGAUUACACCCUUCUCGAAAUUUGGGCAACGGACCUUGCGCACAUCUUCAAGUCUUGGUGAGGUCUUGCUCGAUGCUGAAGAAGAGGAUGAGGAGGAAGUGGACCAAGCAGAGGUCGAGGUAGCAGAACAAUACGGACCGAAGUCCCAUCGCAAUCUGCUGGCACCCGGCUUCGAGCAGGACGACACCAGCGCCGCAGCUAGUACAAUUGGAGAUGAAGAAGAUGACGAGGCUUUGGCACGGAGGCUACAAGAUGAGGAAGAUGCGAAAGAACGACCUGCGAAGAGGAGGCGCUUACAGUCCAGGCGACAGGCGAAGGCUGUAUCGCAGGAACCAGAAUCAAUGGCGGAUGAUUCUGACGCAUAUUUACCGGAAAUGGAUGAGACAGGUCUAGCCGCCAUCGGAAAAUCUGGAGACGAGGAAGAGCCUCGUGAUGAGGACGCCGAAGGCGAUUUCUCACUCGACACUCCAGGUAACUUUCGCAAGAGAAAAGGCAAACGAAAAGCUGUACAGCAGGCCGGCGGUGAGCAGGAGGAUUUUGCGGGCGUCGACGAUGGCGAUGAGGAAGUUUACCAAACACGGUUGCAGAGCUGGACACAACGACGGCGCGCUGCCAGGAGACGGCAUCGCAAGAGACCUGCAGCCGAAGCUGCGCAGGACACGGCAAAUACCGCUAGCGACAUCAAAAAUGAGCCCGCAGACACUUCUGUUGUACUCGAGGAAGUGGAGGAAGAAGGAGAGGAGUGGGAAAUGCCACAUCCUACCCGAGCGGAUGCUGUGUUCGAUGGAGGCUUUCGCAUUCCCGGCGAUAUCUAUCCCUCGCUGUUCGACUACCAGAAGACCGGUGUACAGUGGCUGUGGGAGCUAUACUCUCAGCAAGUAGGAGGAAUCGUCGGAGAUGAGAUGGGCUUGGGUAAGACUAUCCAAGUGAUCUCCUUCCUGGCUGGGUUGCACUACUCUGGCAAGAUUUCGAAACCAAUAAUCGUUCUUUGUCCCGCGACUCUCCUCAAGCAAUGGGUGGAGGAGUUUCACCGCUGGUGGCCACCGCUACGGGUCUCCAUCUUACACUCUUCGGGCAGCGGUAUGCUUGAUGUAAAGCGCGAGGCACGCUACGAAGAUGCUCUGGACGAUGAAAAUCACAGAAAAUCGAAGGGCAAAGCCAACAAGGUCGUUCGAAGAGUUAUCGAUCGCGUUGUCAAAGAUGGGCAUGUGCUAGUCACAACAUACGCAGGAUUGGUCAAUUAUGCCGAACAGCUGCUUCCGAUCAAUUGGGAGUACUGCGUCCUGGACGAAGGACACAAGAUCCGCAACCCCAACGCUGAGAUCACAAUAUUUUGCAAGGAGAUCAUGACCCACAAUCGGAUCAUCCUGUCUGGGACGCCGAUGCAGAACAACCUAGAGGAGCUAUGGACUCUAUUCGAUUUCGUGUAUCCAAUGCGCUUGGGAACCUUGGUCAACUUCAAGAAUCAGUUUGCGAUUCCGAUUAAGCAAGGCGGAUAUGCGAACGCUUCGAACCUGCAAGUAGAGACCGCCAUGAAAUGCGCAGAAACGCUCAAGGACGCAAUCUCCCCUUACCUUUUGCAGCGAUUCAAGGCCGAUGUCGCAUCGGACUUGCCAAAGAAGAUCGAGCGAGUUCUUUUCUGCAAGCUCACUAAGCUGCAACGCGAAGCAUAUCAAUGGUUCCUCGACUCGGAGGACAUGAAGUCAAUCAUGAAUGGGAAGCGCCAGGCACUCUACGGUGUGGAUAUCCUUCGCAAGAUUUGCAAUCAUCCGGACCUUGUCGAGCACAAGACUCUGUCAAAGAAGCCUGGAUACGAUUAUGGCAUUGGUAGCAAGUCAGGCAAAAUGCAAGUCGUCAAAGAGCUCCUCAAGAUAUGGAAAGAGAAGGGGCACAAGACACUUCUUUUUGCUCAGCAUCGGAUCAUGCUGGACAUUCUUGAGAAGUUCAUUGGCAACCUGCCGGGGAUCAACUACAGACGCAUGGACGGAACUACGGACAUCAAGUAUCGGCAAGACUUGGUGCACGAGUUCAACCAUGACCCUGAUCUGCAUGUUUUCUUACUGACCACGAAGGUGGGUGGCCUCGGUGUGAACUUGACUGGCGCCAAUCGUGUGAUCAUUUACGAUCCGGACUGGAAUCCAUCGACUGAUGUGCAAGCCCGCGAGCGAGCAUGGCGCCUUGGCCAGAAGCGUGAAGUCGAGAUCUAUCGCCUCAUGACAGCAGGCACCAUCGAAGAAAAGAUCUACCAUCGACAACUGUUCAAGUUGUUCCUCACCAACAAGAUUCUACGAGAUCCGAAGCAGCGCCAGAACUUUCAGCUUAGAGAUCUGCACGACCUCUUCACCCUAGGAGAAUCCGUUGACGGGCAAACAGAAACCGGAACGAUCUUCAAAGGCACUGAAGUCUCGCUCAAGCGCGACAAUAGCUUGCCCACGCCACCAAAUGAAGACGAAAAGCAGAAGGAGAGUGAGCGUGUCGCGAUCAAUGACUUUGCGGGUAUAUCUCGGCAAGAAGAUUUCCGUGGUGAUCAUGAGGAGGAAGAGGCGAAGAAGAAAGCGGACGGUGAACCGUCCUCAGAUCGUGUCCUGUCCGGCAUCUUCGCACGAGCCGGUGUACAAGGCGCUCAAGAUCAUGAAGCCAUCAUCAAUGGUCGCAAGACUACGCGCGCCGACCCCGAGAUGAUCAGGAAGGAAGCGAAGAAAGUCGCCGAUGAGGCAGCACGAGAACUGAAACGUGCUGCCGAAGUCGCAAGGACCCUUCCUGCUGGCGUACCGACUUGGACUGGACAGUUCGGCACAGCUGGCCGUCCUCCCUCACCUCCGAGACGGGGCGGUAUGCGUGGUGGCAGGGGUGGAGGCAUGUCUCGCGGAGGACCUUCUUCCACCUCUGUUCUUGCCAACCUCCAGAACCGUCAAACGAACGCGUCCAAUACCACUACGGCUUCUGCGUCUGCUUCGGCAAGCACUUCGCGCAGCGGUACGCCGGCGACUCGUGGUGGACGGGCUGAUCGUGGGCCACAAGGCACGGACUUCAUGAAGCUCAUCCGAGACUACAUUGUCUCUCACGGAGGAGCCGUCUACUCGCAAAUGCUAGUCGAUCACUUCAACAGGUACUGCAACAGUCCGCAGCGCACUGCAGAAUUCAGUGAGAUGCUCAAGAAGAUCGCCACAAUGCAGAAAGGAGGGAGGAUGAGGGCGAAAUGGGUGCUCAAAGAUGAGUACAAGCCGGCUGGCAGGUAGUUCUUUGAUCAAAGAAGCGCAACAAGUACAACCGCUUGAUAGUGUUCAACUAUGAGUCAAAUCGGCAGCCUGCGGCUGCGAUGAAGCG